AUGAAACCAAUCAAAAGGGGUUACAAGCUGUGGUGUAUUUCUGACCAGAAAGGCUAUACUUUGAAAUUUGAUGUCUAUCAAGGUAAGAAUGAAGUAAUAGAAGCAGAGUAUCAUGGUAGUGGUUUGGGUGAAAGAGUGGUUUUAACACUAACAAAAGAAAUCUCGGGAAAAAAUCGGAUUGUAGAAUUCGACAACUAUUUUGCUUCUAUUCCUCUACUGGAAAGACUGAGAAGGGAGAACACCUUAGCUUGUGCCACAAUCCGUAAUGACAGGGCAGGUAUGCCUCAAAACAUGAAGUCGGGUCUCGAGAGAGGGGAGUGGGAUCAUCGCUACUCGGCCACUGAUGUAGGGGUGUUUAAGUGGCAGGACAACAAAUCUGUCUGGCUUGUAUCAAACUACCAUGGGACAGAACAAAGUACCGUGACAAGAACCCAGAAUGAUGGAUCAAAAGUAACAGUAGCCUGCCCUCCCGUAGUGAAAGACUAUAAUAGGUUUAUGGGAGGAGUAGACCUAGCGGAUCGAUACAGAGCACUGUAUAAUGUCAAUAGAAAAUCUAAAAAGUGGUGGCACAGGCUAUUCUGGGGUGUAUUAGACAUUGCCUUCGUCAACGCAUAUGUUUUAAGUUGUCAGCUAUUUGAUAAGAUGCCAGUUCUAGAAUGCAGAAGAAUGAUUGCUAAAGGUCUUCUUGCUAUGCAAAACCCGAAACAGAGAAAAAGGUCUCUCGAAUUGAGUUCUUCAAGUACCUCAUCAAGUCCCAUUUUGAAAAGAAGAAAAUCAACUGAUUUUUCUGUACCUAAAGAUGUGAGGUGCAACAACAAAGGGAUACACUGGGUGACAUUUGACCAAAAGAGGAGAAGAUGUGAGGUAUGCGCCAAAAGGAAGAUUCAAUCACGCCCUUACACGAAGUGCAGCCACUGUAAAGUGUCUCUAUGUGUUAACGAAAAAAAGAACUGCUUUGCUGAAUUCCAUGAAGUAUUGCUUGAAUAA